AUGAUCGCCGAAGGAGGCCCCCGCGACGACGAUAGCUUCCUGCAAUCAGCAGAGGACCAGUCUCUUUCUUCACCAUCCCGCCCCCUCUCCGGUGACAAGACCUCCAUCGACACGGAGCAGGACCUUGCCCCUACUGUCGCAGACGGCAUGCCCACAGACAAUGUAUCAUCUGCUACGAGAGAGGCCAUCGACGCCGCCGUUACAGACGGCAUAAUAACCUACCUAUCUAACGCCCGCCUAUCCCACGCAUUCAAAGCUACCGUCUCCCGCUCGCUCUCCAUCCUCGAACAUAUCCCCAAGACGGAAGGGAUCGAUAUGAUGUCGAGUUUUGCGAUGGAUGACCUCUGUCAAGCGAAUGCGAGUUCAAAAGGGCCGGAUGGCGGGGCUGGAAGAUUGUUGGCGAGUGCGUCCGGCAGGUUGAGGGUGGCCUUGAUGUAUCUGAAGACGCAUUAG